AUGGAUGCAAUAAUAAUACGUGCAUUUUCUGAGAUCUUGAGCCCCAUUGACCACUUCCAACCUAACCCUCCAAUCUUCCUGCAGGCCCGUUGCCUCCUGCCAGCGCUGCGUCAACGCAAAGACGUAAUUGGUGCUGCUGAAACAGGGAGUGGCAAGACACUGGCAUUUGGCUUACCGAUCCUUCACCACAGCCUCAGUAUGAAUCCUAGCUUCAAAAAGCGGACCAUCACAGGUCAAAUGACUCUGCGGCCGCCUUGUGUGAGCAUGGUCCUCGAGGCACAAGGAUGGUCAUCAACUGUGCGGGCAGCUUCAGAGAGCAGGCCUGAAGCGCGUCGUCGAGUUUGGACGGGGGCUGCACUUGCUGCUGCAAGGAAGUUCAUAGAAGUGCCCAGCGCUCCCAGCGCUUCAUCUACGGGCCGGGGCAGGCCUGAGCAGCAAGGAAGAGAAGCACAUGACUAUGAAGAUUCUGUGACAGGCUGGUGGGAUACCUGGAGUGCAUCCAGGGACUGGCCUGACUGGACUUGGAGUUGGAGUUCCUGGCACGAAGACCCAGGCAGAACCUGGGAGAACUCCACAGAUUGGCGAGAAAAUCAGGGUGAACAGGGAUAUACGUCUGAGUGGACAGACUGGAGAGGUCGAGGUGACCUUGAUCGUUGGCACUCCGACAGGUACGAGGAGCGCGCUGCUCCUGAGCCUCCUGGCAGGACGUUUGAAGCCUCGGAUCGCUUUAUUGACCUCUCCUUGACGUCAAUUUCCCAAUUGCUUCGAGAACGACAUGCUGAUAGUCGUGAGAAUCUGGAGCAGGCGAUGCAUCGCCUGGCAAGGCAACUUCGGAAUCCGGACGUGCGACUUUCACAUAAACAACUGCUGCGUUGCCUUGAAGUGCUGAGCGGCAGCGAAUUCCUGACGGUGGUGGUACCAUAUGUUUUCCUUAUGGCAUCCACAUUGUCUCCAACAGAGCUGGUGGAGGCUGCGCAGUCUCUGGCUGCUGCGCCUUCCUCAGAUGCCCUGGAUGCUUUGGGUGUGGUGCUUGGCGAGGCCAUCUGCAGGCACAGCAGCUUCAACCUGGAGCAACUUUCGUCGCUGACGCGUCCCGACCGCCCGGCCUCGGGACGAGCCCUGAAGGCAUUGCUGCGACAAGCAGAGGUGGAUGACCUUCCUGAUGAGGCUGCUGAAGACGAGGAGGUGUUGGUUGCAUGCCUGGACAGGCUUGCUGACAAGGCCAAAGAGCUAACACCUGAAGACCUAGUUGCGGCCUUGAGCGCUCUGGCCGUCCUGGGUGUGCGGGACGAUCUUGCAACAGCAGCUCUGACAGAGGAGGUGACACGGGCCAUACCCUCGCUGGGUUGUCCUGAACUUGCUCUACUCUCUUGGGCUUUCGGUACCUUGGGCUUACGAAGUAUCCCUGCAAUGGAGGCGCUGGCGGAUGAAGCACUGCGCCGCAAGUGGCGCUUCCGAGCCAAUGAUUUGAUUAAGUUGCUCUUCGGCUUUGUGGCUGUUGGCUUGAGGCACAGGCCCUUGCUGGAUGCAGUUGCAGAUGCAAUGGACUGGUCCAUUCAGCAGUUUUCCCUACGAGGCCUGCUCCAAGCCGCCUGGUUCUUUGCAACGCUGGCUAGCCCUCAGCAAAAGACAAUGACUUCCAUCGCAUACGAGAUUCUGGCGCAGCUGGACCGUUUGUCCGCGUCAGAGCUCGCAGGGGUCGCUUGGUCUUUUGCAACACUCCGUCUGCGACAUGGAAGAUUGAUGCAGGGGAUUGCCUCUGAGGCGGCAGAGAAGAUUAGCCAGUUGGAUGAUGAGGACUUGGCGCGGUUGGCUUGGGCCUUUGCUGCUCUGGACCUGGCUCCCCGGGAACUCACGAGGCUGCUGGUCCUCGAGGCGUCCAAGCGGGAUGCUGCAUUUGAAGGGCCAGAAUUUGAGUCAGAAUGUGAAAGGGCCAACUCAGAGCCAUAUUUUGCUCGGGGCAGCGAGGAAGCGCAGCACCACCGAACCCAGCAAACAGAGAUGGGGGAAUCGCCUCCAGCUCGAGGGCACAAGGGUGCGCGGAGGAGGCGGCCAAGUCGUCGCCAAAGGAGGGCCGAGAAGGCGGUCGAGGUUCCAAGAGAAGCGCCAGCGGAAGCUGUGGAGGAGGUGCCAGACACACCAGAGCCUGGAAGUACCACUGCUGCAACAUCAACUGCACAGGAGGAGCAGAACCUGGGGCAGGAGGUGUCCUCUGAGACCAAAGAGGACUUGCCAUCUGGUGAGGACAGAGAACCUGAGUAUGAUGCUCUGCUUGAAAUGCUCAGGGAGCAGAUCCGAGCAGGAGUUGAGCCAAAGCGCGAGGCAUCAGCAGUGGACAUCGACGGCACGAAUAGCGACCUAAGCAAAGCGGACAAGGCACGAAUUAUGGAGCUGUUGGAAGUUCAGCGCGUUGCUGACCAGGCAGCUGGACGCAAGCGCAACAAGAGCUCAGCCAAAAAGAAAGAGAAGGCCGAAAGGAAACUGGGUCGAGACUACAUUCGGAAUGAGAUCUCCAAUGCCUUCAAUGCCCAGCAUGACCCUGGAGUUCGCUACUACAACAGCGUUGCAAUCAGGGUUAAAAAGGGAGAGAAGGCAGUGGAUACAAAGACCAUUGAGGCAGUGGCGCAGGCUCUGGGUUCUGGUCCCUCAGCUCAGGGCAAGAGCGAAAGCGCUGUUCGAAGUAAAGAGGACCGGAUCAUGGCACGAAGAAUCGCCUGA